UCGUUAUCACCCAGUUGCAUAGUGAUGAUCUAUUUUUAUUUAUUAUCUAUUGGUUCACACGAACCGGCAUUACAACCAUAGAGUAAGAUUACUAUGACGUAAACCAUAGUGCACGUAGAUGACAGUAAUCACGAACCGUUUACCGGAUGCGUGCAGCGCAUACCGUCCAUGAUAAAGUAUAUUUACUUUAUCAUGAUACCGUCCGUGUCCGGUAGUCGUACGUGAGGGAGUCGUACUUGUCUGCUACCCGUCCGCCGAUGCAAUGUUUUCGUCGUGAAUUAUUAUAUGUUUAUUUUACACACUAAUCGGCCCGCGGCUAAGAUGCACGAACAUUUCGUGAAACGACGAUGGUUUUUCGACCGAGGAACAACGACGUUAAGUAUUAUUUAAUCGUAGGGUUCGUACGAUGAGUGUGAUCGUUCUAGUCGUGGCUGUACAGUGAAACACAAUUAUUAUAAUAAUUAUUAUUGGUAUUGUUAUUGCAAUGAAUAUUUAUUUUCUACCCUAUUUUGAUAUGUAAUAGUUAUAUAACAAAACAACAAUAAUUACAAUAGUUUUAAAAACAAACCUCGACACAAUGUGUUUGGUGCUCAAGUACUUAUUUCUACUGGUAUGGCUCAUAUAUACGUUUGCCUCUAUUAUACUGCUGUUCGGCAAAGGAUUAUUGCUACACAGAGAUGUGUUGCCCAACAAGUCGGCUUGCAACAACAAUGUUGAUUCUCUUCGACAACUUACACAGAACUGCACGAAUACCAACACCAAAGUAGUCAUAAUCAUCGUUGAUGCGCUACGUCAUGACUUUGUCGUUCCUUCCGAAUUGGACACACCGUAUACGAAUAAGAUCACUGUGUUCAGAGACAUAUUAGCCAGUUAUCCGAGUCGGUCAAGAUUGUAUAAAUUCAUUGCUGAUCCCCCCACCACAACCAUGCAAAGAUUGACAGCUCUAACUACUGGAAGUUUGCCUACUUUCAUAGAUGUUGGUUCAAAUUUUGCUUCUGAAGAAUUAACAGAAGAUAAUGUAAUCGAUCAGUUGGUAAAUAAUGGUAAAAAAGUUGUGUUCAUGGGUGAUGAUACGUGGGCCAGUUUGUUUCCAAGGAGAUUUUAUAGGAACUAUACAUACCCAAGUUUUAAUGUUUGGGAUUUGGAUUCUGUUGACGAAGGAAUCAAGAAAAACUUAUACCCCGAAAUUGUCAAGGAUGACUGGGAUGUGUUAAUUGCUCAUUUUUUAGGAGUUGAUCAUUGUGGUCAUAGAUAUGGGCCAAAUCAUAAAGAAAUGGAAAGAAAGCUUAGUGAAAUAAAUAUAAUUUUGAGAGAUAUACUGAAAGAAAUUCUAGGACGUGAAAAUAUUAUUCUUUUUGUGUUGGGUGAUCAUGGAAUGACAUCAACUGGUGAUCAUGGUGGAGAAUCUGAAAAUGAAUUAACAUCUGCCCUUUUUGUACUAUCAUCGUCUGAAGAAUUACAACCAAAAACAGAAAGUGAUAUAAAACAAGUUGACUUAGUUCCUACUUUAUCAACAUUAAUGGGUGUUCCUAUUCCAUUCUCAAAUAUUGGCUCUCUUAUUAAAUCAGCCUUACCACAAAACUUUCAUUUAGUCAAUAGUAUUUGGAGGAAUGCAAAACAGAUUAAUGAUUAUCUUACUACAUACUCUUUACAAAACGAUGAACUUAAUGAUAAACAUAUUAAUUUUAUUAAAGAUACAUUCAAUAUGUUAGAUGUUCAACAAAGUUCCAAUACAUUUGUAAAAAGUUGUGAAAAUUUUAUGCAACUAAGCAGAAGAGCAUGUGAAGAAGUUUGGAUACGUUUCGAUGAAAGUUCUAUUCAUAAAGGUUUACUCCUAAUGUUUGUAUCUUUAUACUUCAGUUUUUUACUUGUUGGUUCGUCAGCUUUAGAUCAUUAUGAUAAAAUUACUGGCAAACAAGUGCUCAUUAUAUUUUCCAUAAUUUUACCUUUGAAUAUAAGUGCAUUUUUAUUUUACUUUUAUAAGGUAAUUCAUAUAACUGUAGUAUUUUUUGUUACUGGAUUUAUAGGUACUAUUUUCCUUGCAAUAUUUUGUGUGGUUGUUUGGCCAUCAUUAACCCAAGAUUUUCUUAGUACAAACAAACCUGAUCAAAUACUUUUACGAAUAUUUACUGUAUCAACUACCCUUGGAUUCUUUUCUAAUAGUUACAUUAUUGAAGAAUCAUAUGUAUUGCAUACAUCAUUUGUCUUAUUAUUGUGGUAUCUAGUUAUCAAAUUUAAAUUAGAAAACAAAAAAACAUGGUUUCGUAAUAAAAUAAAACCUAAACAUUUUUCUCUUAAACACUGGAUUACAUCAUUAAACUGCAAAGUUAUUUGGUGUUCAAUUGUCCUUUGUGGUAUAUUACGUUUCUCUCACUUAUUUUGGCAGUGCCGUGAAGAGCAAGGAUGGUGUUUUGAAGAUGGAUCUCAAAUCAAAUCAGGGAAUUCAGUCAUUUCAAUAGCUGUUAUAAUAACUUUUGUAAUUAUUGUACAUAAGUUAUUAAAAUGUUCUGGAAAUUUAACUGGAUAUUCUUUAAAUGUCUAUUUAUCUUCAAUUUUACCACGAGUAGCUACUGUAAUGUUGGCUGUUCAUUGGAUAUUUGAUUCUUCAUUUCAACGUGGCAAGACCUUACCAUAUGUGGCUUAUUUACCUAAUGUUAUUCUAUUGCUAACAGUAAUACUUAUAAUAAUAUUAUUCAUUAGCCCAUUACUGAUUCACUAUGUAGACUUACAAGAAGGAGAGACUAACCUAUCAAAAAAUUUGUAUGAAAUGAUUUGCAGAAUAUUUAAAAAUAUUGUAAAAAUGCAAUUAGGUCCUUCCAUUCGAGGUUAUCCCAUAGUAUAUGGUUUAGCCACAGUUUACAGUGCAACUUUUUUAAUAUUUUCUAUGCUGUUAUGUAUUAUUGGAGGACUAAUAUUUGGAUAUGUGUACGCAGUAUCUGCAACAAUCAUGAUUAUUUCUAUCUGGAUAUUGGCCAUGAUAGUAUCGGUUAUAAGGCAUAAUCAGUGUACAAAAAUUAAUGAAUUAUAUACUGUGAACUGGUUAUAUAUUUUGUUAUGGACUUUGUCAUCGUCAUACUGGUUUUAUGGCACUGGUCAUAAUCCUUCUUUUCCUGCUAUACAUUGGAAUGCUGCAUUUGUUAUACAAUCAAAAGUAGAAAAUAAUACAUGGCUUCCAGGAUUUUUAAUUUUGACAAACACAUUUUUUUCACAAGCAGUUCAUGCAUUUUUAUUACCACUGUUAUUAAUUUGUCCAUUUUCCAUUCAUGGUGCUUGGUCAGGAAAAUCAUUGCCUCCGAAAGAUGAAAAUGAACAGACUAUGGCUAGAGGUGAACUAUUAUUAGCUGAAAAAUCUAGACAAAUGAUACAUGGUGCAUUUGAUCUGACUGUUAAAUAUAUUCUAGCUAAUUGUUUUCGGGUGGCUAUGGUUAUGGCAGCAACUACUAUCCAUUCUCGCCAUUUGAUGAUGUGGAAAAUUUUUGCUCCAAAACUGAUAUUCGAAGGAAUAGCACUAUUUAUUACAUUGCCUUUUUCUCUCUUUGGAUUUAUUCUAAUGUACCGUGUAACUCAACACAUUAAUGUGUUAUUUGAAAGAAUUAUGUCACAACAUUCAAGUUAAGGAUAUUUUAUUUGAUUAAAUCACAAAACAAUUGUUCAUAGAACAUUCUUCGACUGUUUAGUGUCUAGUUUUUUUAAUUUA